UCUCCGUACUCGCUUCGCUGCGGCGCGGAGGGCAGUGCUCCUGCGCAGAGGAGGCCCGGAGGGGCUGCGAGACCCCAAUAGCAAAGAACUGGGAACUCGGGGACUCGGCCGGCGAUCCCCGGGCGGGGGUCAGAGGAGGAGGAAUGUGGGGCGGAAAUGGUCGCCCUGGGGCGAGACAAGGCUGAGAGCUGUAGGACCGAGAGAGACUCCCGAUCCUGGCAGACAGGAGACCUGGGUUGUGGUCUGCGCUCUGCCGCGGACUCGCCGGAUCCUGUUUUCCCUGCCGAACAGUUGAGAAAGUUUCUGGUCAGAGUCCCCACGCAGCCCCUGUCUGGCUGGGUGUCUCGCUGGAUUGAGAUCUCCCUUGAGAUCCGCGCAUCGCAGCCGACGAGCACCGGAUUCUGGGACCCUCAAACUGGUCAAUAGUUUUUGGCCCGGGCGCCCUGGGAUGGCGACGCCUACGGCCGGGGUCGGAUCGUGCUGUCCCUCUUGGAGUCCCCGGCAGGACUCCAGCCAGAAUUGAGGCACUAGCAGGCGUGUAAAGCUGGUCCUGAUUCAGCACUGCUGGAUUCAAUUCAAGCCCAGUGAUAGAAGAGCCUCCCUGAGCUUGUGGUAGCCAUACCUGCCAAUCAUCUUCCCAAGGGCUGAGACUCCAGAGUGAGUCCUCAAGGACUGCUUUCAGGACUCACAGAAACCUCCACCCUGGUGAUGGCACACAGGGACUAUUUUCUUGUUCUUAGUCUGAACAACUGCCAAGAAGGAGGGCAACGGUAGAACAGUCAAAUCCCAGGCUCUCCCCAUAGCUUCUAAUCUCAGACCUUGUUAAACUCCUUUCUGAGCCCAAGGACAAAAGUCACUUGAACAAAUGAGUUUGAGUCAUGAAUGAAAACUCUCACUCUUUCCAUGAGAAAGAAAGAAGAGAUGGACAGGUUGGAAGUGUAUCUGCUGGGUGCGCUCCACCACCUGACAAGGACGGCAGUGCUGUUCUGGCUUUCAGAGGAAUUUCUAUCUCAGAGUUGAAGAACCACAGCGUCCUCCAGGCCCUGACAGCAGAGGCGAAUGGCUGGGAGCCCGGUGUUGUGAAUACAGAAGUCCUCCAAGCCCAAGAAGAAUGGGAAGCUGUGGACAGCAUCCACCCAGAGACAGGGAGCCGGGCCAGCAUGGACCAGCCUGGGCAGCUCAUCUCCUUCAGUGAGGCCCUGCAGCAUUUCCAGACAGUGGACCUCUCCUCCUUCAAGAAAAGAAUCCAGCCCACCAUCCGAAGGACCGGGCUCGCUGCCCUCCGGCACUGCCUCUUCGGGCCUCCGAAGCUCCACCAGGGCCUCCGUGAAGAAAGGGACUUGGUCUUGACCAUCGCUCAGUGUGGCCUGGAUAGCCAAGACCCCAUGCAUGGCCGAGUUCUCCAGACCAUCUAUAAGAAGCUGACUGGCUCCAAGUUUGACUGUGCCCUCCAUGGAGACCACUGGGAAGAUCUGGGCUUUCAGGGAACAAAUCCAGCCACAGACCUCAGAGGAGCAGGCUUCCUUGCCCUCCUGCAUCUCCUGUACCUGGUGAUGGACUCAAAGACUUUGCUGAUGGCCCGGGAGAUUCUCCGCCUGUCUCGUCAUCAUAUCCAGUGUCUUAAAACUUCACUUCAGGCCCUUAUGAAUCUUGAAAAUACAGUUUUCCAGGAGGCACGUAGGCAGCCACAGGAACAGCUCAGGGACACAGCCCUGCCAGCAGCCAGUCCUAACUUUGGACUGACUUUUGAUACACCUUUGACUGCCAAGAGUAAAGGAAACCAGAGGCCUAAUUCAGAGGCUGAAACAACAGCUGCAAUUCCCCUUCUGUUUGAUGUCUGUGAAUAUCACGCGUAUCGCCAUCCAGGCCUUAAGGGAGGAGUGUCUCUCCAGAUUUGGAGGCGUCGGCCAAGAAGAGCCCCAAACGGCUGCUCAAAACCCUGGAGAUCUACUUGGCUGGAGUGUCAAAGGGACAGGCCUCCCUGUUGGGGACACAGAAGUGCUCUGGGCCACAGGCCCCUCACUCCAAGGAUCUCACUUUCACGGGCGUGUGUGACCUGUCAUCACACUCGUCCGAAGGCACCUGGCUGAUCUGACCAACCCCGGUGGCCACCAGCCAGGAAGCCUUGGAGGGGCUUUCAGAGGGCGGACCCUAGCUGGGCCUCGCCCCUUCCGGUCCUAGCCCAAGGAAUGUAGGACGCCCCUGGGCCUGGUGGGUGGAGCCAGGGGCCCUCACCUGCUUGAGACAUCAGGAGCCAUUAGAUUAGACUCACUCUCUGGAGCCCUGCUUUCAGGGCGAGGAGAGCUUUGCUCUAUUACUAGUUGGGCGACAGCUUCCAUAGUCGGAUUCCAGGUAAUAUCAGUGACAGCGAAUGGAUCAUCAGGAGGGAGACCCCAUAUGCAUGUUCCACACAGUCCUCCAUCAAAGAUGCUCCCAAGUAGAAGCGCCAGAACCUGGCAGUGGGUCUUUCAGGCCCUGGAGUCCACAGGACAGGGACCAGAUGGGGGCUGAGUAGUUAGAAUGUGAAGGGAGAGGGUAGUCGCAGCAGCAGCCAACAGGGGGCGGUGUGAGCUAAGAGUGCUUGCCUUUUCUGGUCUGGCGCUCACCCCACCCUCAUCUCUCCCCAUCCCUCCUCCCACUGUUCGUGAUAGGGAACCAGGCCGCAGCUGGGCUCCCCUCAUGUCCCAUCAGGGCUGGUUUUCUGGCGUGGUUGAAGGAAGGAGGAAAUUCACACACCAGCAGUUUUUGAAUAAAAUAAUUCUUCUAGG